AUGCCAACGCCGUUGGAUCGUGCUUUGAACUCCAAGAAUCUCUUUCUGGGGUUCACUGGGAUGGUGACAGCUGCGGCCGUCUGGGCUAUCUGGGGUAGCGACAUGUUCCCUGCGGAGCCAGACCCGACAGGAGACCCCGAAACCUGGUCUCAUGAUGAAAUGCGAAGAUGGCUUCGGGCGAGAGGACUUCUGCCUCAUGAGAGCGCAACGCGUGAAGAGCUGCUUGAGCGCAUAAAAGCCAAUUUGCGCGUGCCGCGCAGAAGCCAAGCUUGA